AUGUUAAUCGAAGUUAAUGUUACAACACCUUUGCCCGAGGAAAUAAAAGUGGUUGGUCCAAAAGGACGGCAGUUUCAACAAGAUGUAGAAUUUGAAUGGAAACCUAAAUUUUGUAGUAAAUGUCAAGUCAUUGGACACAUAUGCAAAGAAUCAAUUCCACCUAAACAACCUGUUAAACAGCCUAGAAAGAGAAGGGAGAACAUGAGGGUACCUCAAGCAUGGAGGUCCAAAAGAGUUAUGCAAAAUUUGCACCAAGUUGAGGAACAAGUGGCAAUGGCACCUGAUAUUCCUUCAACUAGCCAAGUGGGUCUCCAUACUAACUAUCAAAAAGGAGUCAAUGGAAGAAUUUGGGUGCUUUGGGAUAAUGCCUGUUAUGAUGUGCAAGUGCUGCAAGUUGAAGACCAAUUGAUACACUGUUUGGUAGAAGAUGUGAUUCAAUACUAUAAGUGGUUGGUGACUGUAGUAUAUGGCUUCAAUACUAGGGCUUUGAGGAAAACACUAUGGUGGAUGGGUAAUGCAGUGACUGCCUUUGAAGUGAAAUUUUUUUCUGAAUGUAUCCAAAACACAGCACUAACGGAAUUAGCUUGGAAGGGUGAAUACUUUACUUGGUCAAACAAACAAUUAGGGAAUGCUAGAGUUUGCACAAGAAUUGAUAGAGUGUUUGGCAACCAUGAGUGGAUGAUGAACUGGGGGCACAUUGUGAUAGAGUAUGAGGUACCAAAUGUAUCUGACCAUGCUCCUAUGGUAUUGAGCUUGAAGACCAGCCUAUGGAAUAGGAAAACACCUUUGUUCUUCAAUAUUUGGGCUACACAUGAUAAGUUUUUGCCUAUUGUGUCAGAUAGGUGGAAAUAUAGACUAGUUGGCCAUAGAAUGAAGGAUGUUUGGUUCAAGUUGAAGGCACUGAAACCUGAUCUAAGGCACUUGAACAACACAGAGUUUAAAUAUAUUUCUCAAAAGAUUGAGAAAGCCAGGAAAUAUCUAGAUAAGGUCCAGAGGAAAUUGACUAGCCAGUGCACAGAUGAGGAUAUCAUUGCAGCAGUGCAGGAAUUUUUUACUAAGGGGAGGAUGUACAAGGCAAUCAACUGCACAGCUAUUACCUUAAUUCCUAAAACUGCUUAUACUACUACAAAUAAGGAAUAUAGGCCUAUAGCUUGUUGCACUGUCUUGUAUAAGAUUAUUUCCAAGGUCCUUGCUUCUAGAAUGCAAAAUGUCAUAGCUAGUGUCAUUAGUGAAUCACAGAUUAUGGAGCAGCUCAGAUUUCCUAGGAAUUACAUAGCAUGGGUUAUGGAGUGUCAAAACGCUGCUAAAGGCCUUAGACAAGGGGAUCCUAUGUCCCCCUUUCUGUUUGCCUUAGUUAUGGAAUAUCUGAGUAGGGGGUUGAAUGACCUGAUAAAUAAUCAAGAAUACAAGUUUCACCCAGAGUCCAAACCACUGGGGAUUACUCACUUGAGUUUUGCUGAUGACUUACUACUAUUUUCUAGAGGGGAUUUGCUUUCCAUCCUGGCAAUGCAGAAGAAGUUAUGUGUGGCUGGCGAAAGUGUGAUUACCAAGAAAGCUCUUGAAGCUUGGGAGAGAGUUUGCAGUCCCAAGUCAUGUGGUGGACUCAAUUUGAUUAAUUUGCAACUAUGGAAUAGAGCAGCAAUUGCUAAACACUGCUGGGAUGUGGCACACAAGCAAGACAAGAUAUGGAUUAAAUGGAUUCACAUGUAUUACAUAAAAGAUCAGAGUUUCUUUAACUGUGCAUGUCCCAAACAGGCCAGCUGGAUGGUGAAAAAGAUCAUUAAUGCAAGGUCAAUAGUAGCAUCAGUUCAAGUACAGGGUAAGCCAAAUCAAAGUCUUAUCAGGUUCUUGUAUUUGAAUCUAACAGGUGAUCCGCCAAGGGUAAGCUGGAAAUGUGUGAUGUUUGAUAAUGCAGCAAGGCCAAAAGCCAGGUUCCCUUUAUGGCUAUUGAUGCAUGGUAAGCUGCGUACUAUUGAUAGGUUGUUGAAAUGGGGCAUGAAUGUAGAUCCAGAAUGUUCAUUGUGUCACCAAGAGGAUGACACAAGAGAACACUUAUUUGUCAAGUGUGAUUUCACUAGAAGACUUUGGACACGACUGCUAAACUAG